GGACUUCAGCCUCAGUCCUCUGAGACCAGCAAAGUUUCUGAAGUGGCAUUUUAAGCAUCGGCACCUUCAGACAAAAACGGACCUAAGAACAAUGGUUUCUCUUCUUCUGCUGCUGCUCCUGGGCCUCUGUGCCGCCCACCAAGGCAAUGAUCAUGGUGCUGAGAAUGAGAUCAUAGUGGAUAAAUCUGGCAAGGAGGACAUAAGCACGACUAUUCUGAGGAUGAACAAUGGAUCUGAUGAGCUUCUGCUGGAUGGAGACGUGUUGAUUCCCAGAACCAGGAAUGCUAUGAAGUGCUUUAGGGAACCACGUGCGUGUCUGUGGCCAAAGUCUGCUAACGGGAAUGUGGAGAUCCCUUUCCUUAUAAGCGAAAAAUAUGACCGGGCCGAGAGGAAUACCAUUUUAACUGCCAUGAAGGACUUUGCAUCCAAAACCUGCAUUCGCUUCAUUCCACGUACAACUCAGAGGAGGCACAUAAGCAUUGAACCAAGAUUAGGCUGUUUCUCUUUACUCGGAUAUGUUGGAGGCAGGCAGGUGGUUUCACUGCAGAAGUUUGGCUGUGUAACUCAUGGUAUCACCCAGCACGAGCUGCUCCACUCAAUGGGUUUCUACCACGAACAAAGCCGGAGUGACCGUGACCAGUAUGUCAGAAUCAACUGGGACAACAUCCGUACAUCUUAUCUCAGCAACUUCAAAAAAGAGGACACAAAUAAUCUCAACACUCCAUAUGACUACUCCUCUAUAAUGCACUAUGGAAGAACUGCCUUUGGAAAGCAUGGAUCGGAAACCAUAACUCCAUUCCCCGACCCCUCGGUUCCCAUCGGGCAAAGAGACCGCCUGUCCGACUUCGACAUCCUCAAGAUCAACAAGCUUUACAAGUGCUGGAAUUAUCUCUGGUAGAGGAUCACUGCAACAUUGUUUGAUUCUGACAUGGUGCUUGACAUUUGUGUGACAUCAACAUAAUAAGACUAUUGAUUUCAUCAUU